AUGUAUCUCGUGGAAUAUGCCACUGAGGCCGAUGGCCCAGCACUUGCGAAAAUCAACGUCCAAAGCUUCCAAGGCCGUCAACUGCUCGGACAAUUCUUUCCUGGGGCCAGCUUGACUAGGAUGCAAGAAUACAAAGCUAUUGUGGGGAUGAAACAUCUCGCCAACCCCAAUAUGCAUGUCCUCAAAGUUCACGACCCAACCACCGGGGAGCUGGUCACCUACAGCCGUUGGCAUCUCCCCGCAUCAUUUGGUACCAGCGUGGUGACAUUAAGUGACCAGGCGGCCAUCUAUGCCAAGGAUCCUAUACCAUAUGCACCCAAACCAAUGAAUGAGACCAUCUUCAAAGCCUUCAAAAAGCUUUUGGCGGAUGCUCGCGAGCGAUACACCACGGAGGAUGAUAUGAGUAAGUCCCCCACAUUGGCGGGCAUUCUGUGUAUUAUUGGGUCUGACUCAAAUGCAUCACCAGUUCUUGAUUUCAUAGCAACACUGCCAGGAUAUCAAGGGCGAGGAUUCGGGUCUACCGUCUUGAAAUGGGGCACAGAGAAGGCAGAUGCCGCUCAGUCGCGCAUCUUCCUCGAAGCCACGCCCGAGGGCCUUCCCGUCUACCUCAAACACGGAUGGAAGAUAUUGGAGGAGAUCACCAUUGAUUUUACCUCCUUUGGGGGUGAAGGAAGUGAAAGCUUUCACUUGAUGAUGAGGGAUCCAGUUCCACAAUAG